CCGGACUCGGCUCUGUCAGUUACACUAUGCCGUUGAAUUUUAGUUGUUAUUUUUCAUAUUUAUUUAAUAAAAACAAUAAUUUGAAAACCUAUGUCAAUGGUAAAUAAAUAAAACUUGAGCCUAGCAUGGUUUUUUAUCAAAAUUUGGCCCUCGUUCAACAAAUCCUUUUAUUAGAUAAUGGCCUAUCGGGCAAAAAUUUUACAUAUAGUGGUGCUGGGGAUUAUUGGAGUAACAAUAGUUUUCUAUUCUUCAUAUUCAACUGGACCAGUUUUUCUUUAUCAUAUCAAAUCCAACUUUCAACAAAACAGUACAAAUGGAACUUCCGAAACGGCAGCUAGUAAACAUCUUUCACUUCAUGGACCAACUCAAGUUACUUUGUCUGUUACCCCCGAAACUCUAAUAAAUAAAACCAAAGUGGAAGAAAAUCAUGUAUUGGAUAAAACAACCCAAGGAAUUACGACGGAUGCCAUCUAUGAGUCCGGAUAUGACAUUCCUAAUGCUGAUUUAUGCCCAGAACUUGGAAAAAGAUUAAAAGUAGUUGUUGGGAUUAUGUCUGCUCCUAGUCAUAAAGAUGCAAGGAUGGCUAUAAGGCAAACUUGGGGUCAUUAUGCUUUACGCCAAGAUGUAUCUUUAGCAUUUAUUGUUGGUACAUCAAAGGAGGUGCAAUUAAAUAGUAUUACAAGCGAAGAAUCUACUAUUUAUGGUGAUAUAAUACGUGGAAACUUUAUUGACUCUUAUGAUAACCUAACAUUAAAAACUAUUUCUUUUAUGGAAUGGGUUGAUAACUAUUGUUCUAGCUCUCCAUUCGUAUUAAAAACUGAUGAUGACAUGUUCAUUAAUUUUCCUAAGUUACUGAGUUUUAUUGAAAAACAUUGGAAAUCUGAAAACACAAUUUUUGGAAGAUUGGCAAGAAAAUGGAAACCUAUAAGAAACAAGAGGUCUAAGUAUUAUGUUUCAGUAAAACAGUUUUCACAACCAGUUUUUCCAGAUUUCAAUACAGGGCCUGCUUAUUUAUUAACUGGAGAUAUAAUUAGUAGACUUUACAAAAAUGCAUUAAAAAGUACAUAUCUUAAAUUAGAAGAUGUGUUCACGACUGGAAUUGUUGCUCAAUCUUUGAAUAUUAAAAGAGUUCAUAUUAAUGAAUUCAUUAACAAAAGAAUACCUUUUAACAUCUGUAACAUCAAAAAAAGUAUAAGUAUUCAUAUGGUCAAAUUCCAUGAACAAUUUGAUCUUUGGAAAAAGUUAUUAGAUGGUCGAUCUAAGUGUAAAUAACCAUUUUUAUUUAUUAUUAUUUUGUUUUUGUUAAAUGCUGUUUGAGUGACAAAUCAAUUGCAGCUUAUAUAUUUUUUCUGUAUUAUAGCUUGACUAUUUUAG